GGGUGGGUCGGGGAAGAAGUCAGUAAAAGGUUGGGGUACCCUGACUAUUGCCCGCAACCCGACCCCCCCAAAGAGUCAGGGGCCCCAAGGACCGUGCGUACGAGAUGCUCGGGGCCAGCAAGAUUUCAAGAGAGGGUUACAGAGUGCAGGAUUUCCCUGGCAAAGGAGGGCCUGAUUUCCCUGGUUCCUGCACUUUCUAGCUAAUGAUCUGAGGCAAGUCCCGUUGUUUCUGUCAAGCUCCGUUUCCCCAUCUGUAAAAUGGGGGAAAACAGUGCCUAUCUCAAGGGUUACUGUAAGGCAGGUAACAGGGUCCUGUCCUGGGCGCUGCGGGAAGCCAUGAACAAGCAGGUGCAACGAGGCUUGCGAUCCUAGAGGUGAUAAUUCAUCACCGCCUUCCUUCUCGUGGGCUGUGCAGGCUGUCAGUAAACAUUAAGUGCACUGAUUGGCAUUUUAAUAGGUGGUUGUUUAUAUCUUGUCUUCUUCAAAGUGGGCCUUGCUUUAAGGAAGCCCAGCAUCACCUGCGGCUAGGCGGGCAAGCGGGUGGGCAUACAGCAUCUCUGUACGACUAGAAAAGGGCUCCUCCGAUGAGCAAAACAAUCAGGAAAAGUGCCCCUUAUGAGCAGACUAAAUAGAAAUCUGCCACCUCCCUCACCCCCACGGGCAAGCCAAUUAGGAAAAGGCUGCCCUGGGAGGGAGCCAACCAUGAAAGAGUGUCUAUUCCAUCUUCCAGGCUUGACCCCAACUGUCAGCUGGACUUCAGCCACCACUGUCCCCCUUGCUGACUGGCGUUCGGGGCACAAACUCUACCAUCCCAAGUAGCAGUCCUGGCAGGUGGGAAAUUCCUGGGCUGAUAUGAAAGUAACCUGGCCUUGGCCAGGAGGUGUCUACCACUCGCUCAGCAAACAUUGGCCCAGCCCACUGUGUGCCCUUUGGUCUGCUGGAUCUGCAGAGCUAGACUUGUAAUGAAAUGAAAAGGGGAACGGGGCAGGGAAGACACAACUCCUGGGGUUUGCCCUGAAAAGGUCAAGAAAAAUUUCAAUUGAUCCCUGCCACCCUGUUUAAAGAGGUUGGAGACAAACGAGAAAGAUAAUAAGGCUAGUGUUCCAGCCCACGUGUAUUGAGCACCAAUUGUAUGUAAUUACCCAGCUAACCGCUUCUUACAUCGGGCCCCUUCAUCUUCCCUGCCCGACUCUCAGUAGGUGAUGAGGUAGGUAACACUGGGGCCUCUGAAUUUCAUCCAAGACUUUUGAAAUCUUUCAAGAAAAGUUGUUUCAAAGAUUCUGCCAGUUUUUGGUGUUGCUAAAGGUGGAGAACCAGCAUCCAUUGCACUUUAUUUAGGAAAACACAUUAAGAAUCCUUCUGGUUGUGAAAGGCCAGGCCUAGAACACAGCUAGAGAGGGGUAAUGGGAACAUUUGGGCAGGAGGGGGAGUUGGAAAGGAAGAUUGGGACUUUGGGGGCUAGGCUAUGGAGUGUAGACUUUGUCCUUCAACAGUGGGGAGCCACUGAACAGGGAUGUGCUCAGAGCCACCUUUAGGAUGUUUCCUCUGACAGGAGACAGAGAGAGACCCACUCAGGUCAUUACAGUGGUCCAGGCCAGAGAAGACAAAGAUCUGAACAGCAUCAGGUGAAGAUGAGAGAGCAGAUUUCAAGGGUAUUCAGAAAAGAGAGAGGAGAGGACUUGUACAUGGAUGGGUAACUGAGAAAAGGUGGGAAUUCCACUCUGGUUUUGCCAUGGUGAUGGGCUUACUGGUCCACCCUGGAGUCCCCUGUCCUCCAGCCCCACUCACCGUGUUUAUCCAUUCUUCCCAAGGCUGUGCUGCCCUCUUCCCCUGAUCAGGCACUGGGAUAAGAAGGAGUUACCAGAAUCCUUAGAACUUGGUCUGGUUUCUAGGAACUCUGUCGGCUCACAAGGGGGGCGGGGCUAGAACCUCACCUGUCCAUAGAGUUCCACCCCAGAAUAACUGCCUUUUCUAGAGCUUCCAGAAGCACCCCAAACCCUGUCUUCUGUCUUGGGAAGGUAUUAAAAGGGGCAGAAAGUGACUUUGGGGUCAAAUCCCAACUCUACUACAUAAAUAUAAAAGCUAUCUGAACUUUAGCAUGUUAUCUCUCUGACCCUCAAUCUCUUUAUCUGUAAGUCAGAGACAGCAGUGCAACAACAGGCUUUACCUCGCCCUCGGAAAGCACUUAACCCAUUACAUUUACUUACAUCACUAUUUUCUCUCCUUCUCUUUCUGUUCUAUCUCUUUCCUUCCCCUGCUCCCCACCCCACCUACUUCCAGCUCAUUCCUUAGCUCCAAGGAGCAGAGGACAUAGUGCCGAGUCCCAUAGGAAGCAGGGCUCAGCAAGAGCCAGGUGUAGCUCCUGAAUGUUCUGUAUGUGUGUACAAGAGCUGCAGCUGGGAGAGGGAAUAAAAUCAUGAAAACUUGGGGAAACUCCUUUUCCUGGCCUGACAGUGGUGUGUGUUGGCAGAGGCAGGAGUCUGCAGAGGGGCAGAGGAUGCAAAACCAGAUCUGGAGAGUCUCAGCAUGAUUAUAUGCAGUUGCUGGACUCAAGGAGAUCCCACUCUGAUAGGGGAACACCAUAUGGUCCUCCAUCCUCCAUCCAAGUCUGAAGUGAGGAGAUGGGGUCUCUUCCUUCAGGUGUCUCCCAGUUUGGUGGAGGCAGGUUGGUGGGACGUAGAACAAAGAGAGCAGACCAGUCCCCAGGAAUCUCCUAGUCACACGGGGGCAGCCCUGGCAAGAACUGUAAACAGUCUAAAAUUUUACCCUACUUGCAAGCUAGCAAGUUAGCCUGAUGUAUUUUCAUGGUUUCUGCCAAAAAACAUGAGCCUCCUGGGUCAGAGACAAAGGACUUCAUUACUUACAGCACAGUAUCAUCAGCAUGUUUGUAUCAGCUCCUCUUGGCCCAUUGUCCCAUGGGUGCCACAGGGGUGGGUGCCAGCGAAUAUCUUCAUAUGCAGUGGUUUGGAUAAUAAGAGGGACCCUGAGCUUAGGGAUCCCUAAUCUUUUAUGGAAGUAAGCAAACCUGCUCUUUGCUCUAAAAAAAAAAAGACACUGUAUCUUCCAAGGUUGUUCACUAUAUCAACGCCCUUGAAAAGUCAGUGCCUCUGCUUGCAAGACAUGCAAAACCAGGGAAGACCCAUGGAGAACUGUCUCCCCAAAACACCCCCAUUCUCCUUAACAUGGACUAAAAGAGCUUAUAGCCACUGUGGUUCUUAAUGGCAAAAUUCAAAAGCUCCCUCUGGCUAAUUUAAAGAAGAGUAGGCGCUCACAGAAUGGCCAGAAGACGUGACAAUUGGAAGGCUGGUGACCAUGAACACAGUCCAGAUGACACCACAAGAACCAUUCGGAUAAGAGGCCACUACUUGGGGUCACCCCCGGACACUCUCCCACAGGCAAUCUCCUUGAGUCACUGCCUAAGACUUAAUGCCCCGGGAGGCACAUCCAAGACACUUAGCCUGCGCUGUGGCUUUUAGGGAGCAUCCUGCCAAGGCAUCACUGUGGGUGUAGCCCUGGUCUGCUCAUUCAUCUCAUGCUCCCCCACUUCAAGUGCCCAGAAGUCCUUUGUCAUACUGAGGGUGCUCUUUCCCUCUUCUUAGGGCUAUUUUGGGUCAUGGAGCCUCCAUAAAAAGUUGCAGACAAGCACAUUGGAAAUUGGGCUCACAGAGUAGCAAGAUGUUGUGAAAGCACGGGUGUAGGCAAGCAAUCCCACCAACGCCAGAGACACACGUAUGCCUCAUGCUCUCAGAUGCCACCUUGGGAGACCCCUUGAAUGAGGACAAAGUGCACUGAUAAUGAGCAUGACUUCAGAAUCAACUGGAUCUGUAUCCAAGAGACACUACUUAAAACCAGAAGAGAAUGAACUAAACUUCAUCGGCAAGCUCAAGCAUGAUUUUCUGCCAUUCACAGAAAUCACUUCCAGAGCUCAAAAUGAGGGAAGGCUGGCUGCCAUGUGAUAAGGACACUCAAUCAUCCCUACAGAGAGGUCCAUAUGGUGAGGAACUGAGGCCUCCCGCCAGCUUCAGUUUUCUUGUUCCCUCAUCCAUAAAAUGGGUACAACAAUCAUCAUUUUCAUGCCUUUAAAAGGUAAUUGAAAGAAAAUUACCUUCCAAAAGGUAAAGAAAAGCCCUGCAUAAUCUGAGACUCCAUUUCCUCUCUGUUUCAUAUCCUGUAAUAUGCCAAGCAUCCUCCUGCCCGAAGCUUUUGCACUGGCUGUUCCCUCUGCCUGAGUACCCUUCCUGCAGACAUCUACAAAGCUUGCUUCCUUGUUUCUCUCAGGUCUCUGCUCAAAUAUCGUAUCAGUGAGGACUUUCCUGACCACCUUAUAGAAAACGGAGCAGGUUCCCCAGAGAACGUGAGAAUCAUGGUGUACAAAGAGGGCUGCUGGGAAAAUCGGUGAGAGCUGGACCCACCCAGUCCUGACAGUCUGAUACUUUCCACAUCCAUUAUUCCUCUAUUCCUCACAUCACCCCAGAGAGGUAGAAAUCUCUAUUCCCACUUUAUAUUUGAAGCAACUAAGGCACAGGGAAGGUAGGUCAUUUAUGAAGGUCACAGAGCGAUUCAGGAAAAGAUCUGAGGCCAAACUCACAUGUUUGGACUCGAUGGCUGCAUCUAUUUCAUCCCCAUCCUCCGGUACCCACUAAAUACCAAGGGGCAUAGGCACCCCCAGCCCUGCUUCUCUCCCCCAUUUUCCAGAAGUCCCCACUGGGUCAGCCGAGUGAGAGAGGCCAGCCCCAGCCUCUCCUCUGCUCCCUGGGCUGCAGGGCAGGCAAUGCUGGGAAGAGUUAACAAGGAGUGUUUGUAGCAGCCGCUGUCUCCAAGGAGAGGAAAGCAGAGUGGAGAGGCCGACAGCCAGACUCCACAGCCAGCCGGUGGGGGGUGGGAGGCAGGCAGCUCGCCCGUCCAGCCCUGGGGGGAGAGAGGAGUGUCCUCACCUCCAUCUGCCCUGGGAGGUGGCGACCUCUGAGGAGACUGGGCAGCUGGGGCGUGAGGUCGCUGAAGGGCUACAGAGUAGGAAAGUUCUGGCAGGGACUGAGGAAUGUGGGGGGGCGGGGGCUGGGCCUGGCCCAGUCUGGUGGCAGUGGUGGCAGUGGCUGAAGCCAGUGGCAAGGAACAGAGCUGGAAGCUUUGGGCUCUCAGAGGGUAGAGGGGAACCCUAGGGAGAACCAGCCAAGAACUAGCAGGUGGCAAGAAGCCAGAGACUGUUGUGGGAGAGAGGAGGCGCCCACCUCCUCCCCGGCUGAGCCAUGUCCCAGCCUGGGACACACAGGAGGAGGAGGCCUGGGACUCCGGGGCCUCCAGUGCGCAGCAUCCGGCCCUUUAAGUCCAGCGAGCAUUACCUGGAGGCCAUGAAGGAGGACCUGGCCGAGUGGCUUCGGGAUCUCUACGGGCUGGACAUCGACACGGCCAACUUCCUGCAGGUGCUGGAGACGGGCCUGGUGCUGUGCCAGCAUGCCAAUGCCAUCACUGAGGCCGCCCUGGCCUUCCUGGCAGAGGAACCUGCCCGAGCCCAAAGGAUUCCCUUGCCUCGGAUGGGGGUUUCCUGCAAUGGGGCUGCCCAGCCGGGCACCUUCCAGGCCCGGGACAAUGUCUCCAACUUCAUCCAGUGGUGUCGCAAGGAGAUGGGCAUCCAAGAGGUGCUGAUGUUCGAGACGGAGGACUUGGUGCUGCGCAAGAACGUGAAGAACGUGGUGCUGUGCCUGCUGGAGCUGGGCCGCCGGGCCUGGCGCUUCGGCGUCGCGGCGCCCACCCUGGUGCAGCUGGAGGAGGAGAUCGACGAGGAGUUGCGGCUGGAGCUGGCCUUGCCCCCGCCGGACCCCCCGCCGCCCGAGCGCCCCACGCGCAGGUCUUGCCACUUCCGCAACCUGGACCAGAUGGUUCAGAGCCUGGUGAGCCACUGCACAUGCCCAGUUCAGUUCUCCAUGGUCAAAGUGUCAGAGGGGAAGUACCGCGUGGGAGACUCCAACACCCUCAUCUUCAUCCGGAUCCUCCGGAACCACGUGAUGGUGCGUGUUGGGGGCGGCUGGGACACACUCGGUCACUAUCUGGACAAACAUGACCCCUGCCGAUGCACAUCCCUCUCACACAAGACGGGCAGCUUUCUGAAGCCCCCUACCCGAUCGGUGCAGCACGAAGUGAGGGUGCAGGAUGGGCCCUUGCAGCCCCAGCCUACGAUGACCAUCAGCCGCUCCCAGAGCCCACUGCCCUCCGUGGACUGGAAGACAUAUACUGCUUCAGGCCGAAAGCUGAGGCCCCCCGCCUCCUCCUUCCCCAGACCCCACCCUGGAUGGAGAGCAGGGCCAGGGAUCCUAAGAGAGACAGCACCUUUCCCGAGGCACCAGGAGAAGUCGCUCACCCCAUCUCGGAGUCAGCUGCAAGCUGGGGACAGCCCACCCAGCCCCCAAUCCUUACCCACCCAUAGGGGCCAAGACCUUCACACCUCCUUGGAGAAGAGAGACAACAGAUACCCCACUGAGCUCCCCAGGGGAAGGACUCCCAUAUCUUGGGUUCAUGAGGAGACAGAUAGGCGGAGAACUCAUGCCAGGACCCCCACCACCCAGAGACUCCGAGCCCCUGAGGCCACUGCCAAAGGGACACCAGCAAGAGGACCAUCUCCCCUGCCUUGUUCCUCCAGCCCAGUCAAGCCCAUGGGUGCCAGGCCACCACCCUGGGGUGAGGCUGAGGAGGGUUCCUCUCAGCUCAGGGAGCCAGCAUCUGUCCGUUCUUCAACCCCUGUUAAAGGACCCACCAAGAUCCCAGUCCGGCAGCCCCCAGCUCCUCCCCCAACUCCAGGAAGAAGCUUUCCAGGUACUUCAAGUGGAAGUCCCACGACAGAACUGCAGAGAGGCCCCAUUCCAUUAAGGGCCAUCACUGGGGACCUGUCUGGGUCCAGACAUGAGGACUGCUCUGUGGAAGAGAGGCAAGGGGACCAUAAGCUGGAUAUUCCGGUGACAGCAGGGGCUGGAGAGCUCUGGAGACCGGGCCCACAGCAUCAGGAGGGGAGGUACACUCCCCUGCUCCCAGGUGGGACCAAGGACCAAGCCAUCUACCAUAGACUUGAGGAAGAGCUUUUGGCUGACAUGAAGCUGUUAGAGGUGGGGGGUACCCACCCCCAGGGCACAGGAUCUGGGGUCAUUCCUCGUAGUGGAGUCUAUGUCCCCAGCCUGGGUGGGCGGUGGCCUGAGCCUGGGGGUCCUUAUGACAAAGUCAUCCAACAACUGGCUCAGGGCCCCCCACCCCUCCUUAAAGUGGACCUGGGAGCCUGGAAGGCAGCCCCUACAGGCUCCCAUAAGCUGGCUGUAACUGCAGGCCCAGGAAGCCCAAAAGGGAAUCUUGGAGACAGAGAAAAUGGGUGGAGGACAAAGGCAAGUCUGAGUGCCAAGGGCACCAGGACAAGGGAGGUCCCAGCUCAGUCGGGGCUGGACUGCUCAGCCCCCAUUGUGUCUGUCAGCCCGGAGUCCACCACACCUUCACCCUCCAAUCCCAGUUCUGAUAAAGCCAAGGCAUGUCCAGGCAGGGGCAAGAGAACACUCCGUAAGCCCCAGAGAGUCCCAUCCAUCUACAAGCUGAAGCUGAGGCCCAAGAUCCGGCCCCGGAGAGACCACAGGCCUGGGAAGCAGCCUUCACGAAUCCCCAAGCCGCUGACCUACCUCCACCUGGGUCCCACCAGGGUACCCCCCAGGGGCAGGCUGGUGCGAACAGCACCAGGCAGCAAGGGAGAGGAGGCAGCCCUGGUGGAUGGAGCCCCAGUGGCGGAGAAGAAAGAAGGAAAGGAGAAGAGCAAGCCAGUCACCCCACUGGAGAGCAGCUCCCAGCCUUUGGAGGACCAGGGGCCUCAGCGGCCUGAUCAAGCUCCCUUCUCACCUGAGGAUGAGUCUUGGGUCUGAGAAGGGGCUUUUCCUCCCUGAACCUGUGGGUGUGGGGGAGGAGAGAAGAGAUGCCCAUGUAACCAUUGCACUCCCAACUGCAGGAACAGAAGGGAAACUCCCUCAACUCAGUACAGGGCUUUGUCCUGGUUAGUUUAGAAUACAAAUAGUAUUGACUCAGAUUUCUCAGCUGAGCACAAAUCUCACCUCAACCCCAGGGUGGUGGGGCUACCCUCCCCCAGAACAGCUCCCCAAACUCCUGUUCUCUGGCCAUGCCCACCAUUUCCACAACUCUUAGAAGAUAUUAAACACAGGUGGGUCUUUCCCUGAGUCCCCAGCUCUUCACUCUAGGAUUGUGGUGGUGCAGGAAGGUUUAGCCACAAAUUUUUUCCCACUGGAGGGCAAGGACACAAGGGGGAGGGAGCUGGGGGGUGAGAGAGGCUUCCCCUCUGGAGACUCAGCCAACCUUGCCAGAUAGCCCUUCUCUUCUAGAAGCGACUAUUGCAUCAGCACCAUGGACAGCGACGGGGCCACCCUGACAUAGGCUUCUGCAGGACCUCAAAACUUCGCUCUGGAGGCUGGGAACUGAGAUCACUGAGUCAAGAGGGAUGGUUGAGAGCGUUCUUUAACACAUCUUCACCCACGGAGUUAUGACUGGGGGACAAGGGGCUGCAGAGCCUCAGUCACGAGUGGGAGGAAGACACAAAGCAGAAGCUGAGAUUGAGUCCACUUACGAAAGUUUUCCCAAGAUAGUGGCAGGGGGAGACGUUAUGCUUCUCCUCCGGAUGUUUUCAAUCAGUUGGAGGGCUGGUGGUGGGGUGGCAGGUGGAGAGGAGAUGAGUCCCAAACUCUCCCCUUUUCC